AUGCCCAAGAUCAUCUCGCGCUCCGUCAUUUCCGCCUCUGCGCCUGACGACGACACCUUUCUGCCCUCCUCGCUGAAAUCCUACUACUGUCUUUGCGGAGAGUUUAUCCUCGUGCUGGAUGGCGAUCUGCGAUCUUGUCCCACGCGUCCUUUGGACGGCUCGUACUGCCUCAAUGUCAACAGCACGACUGAUUCCAAUGGACGUCUACGCAAUGGUCGCACCUUCAAAGUCAACGCUCGACAAGCGGGUGCGGUGCUGCUUCGAAGGGCGGAUCCGAACGCUGCAGGGAAUGCCAAUGCGAUGAUGGAGGAGGAGGAGGAUGCGGAAGAGCUGAGACAGACGGGAGGCAAGGCGCCCGAGAGUCCUUUUGUGGAGAGGCAGUACAGGUUCGAGUGUCCCAGAUGCUCCUUGUGCGUGGGCUACGAGAAUACACCUCCUCCGCUCAAGAGCGGCAGGUUCACCUACAUCCUCAAGGGCGCCCUAAGGUGAGUGCAUUUCUGCGCAUUGAAAUGCGCGCACCAGCAGUCGGAUGCUCACACGAGUGAUCAUGCUCAUACGCAGCGACGUGCAAGGUCGUCCACCCAAGGAUGCGCUGCUGGACGAAUGA